GCCGUGCCCGAGGGGCGGAGCGAUGGCGGUGCCGGCGGAGCGCGUCUCUUACAGGUUCGCCGUGCUGCUCUUCAACUGCCUCCUCACCUUCGGCUCCUACUUCUGCUUCGACAUGCCCGGCGUCCUGCAGCAGCAGCUCCAGGGGAACUUGACCUGCCCCAAUGGAACCCACCAUAACAGCACUGGGCGCAAUGGCACGCUGGAGUGUGUGGAAGGCUUGGGAAUGACCCCAGCUCAGUACAACCUGCUCUACGCGAUCUACGCCUGGACAAAUGCAGUAGUGGUUAUUCUGGCUGGAUUCCUGAUUGAUAAACUGGGAAAUCACUUUGGUGUCUUUGUUUUCUCUCUUCUCACUGUGCUGGGAUCAUCCCUCUUUGCUCUAGGCUCACACUUUAAGGGCUCACCAUACCUCCUUCCAAUGAUGCUAACAGGAAGACUGCUCUUUGGCUCUGGGAACGGGUCACUUACUAUUGUGCAGAAUCGUAUCACAGCCUUCUGGUUCAAGGGGAAGGAACUGGCACUGGCUUUUGGACUGACUCUGUCCUUCUCCCGUCUUGGGAGUGUCCUCAACUUCUUCUUCACCCAGCAGUUUGAGGCAAAGUUUGGAAUGCAGUGGACUCUCUGGGGAGGGAGCCUGCUCUGUGUGCUGGGGCUUGUUUCAGCCCUCACAGUCAGUGUGCUGGAUAAAGUGGGCAUGAAGCAGCUGGGCUUGGAUGGCAUUAUCCAGCAAGAAUCCAAAAAAGUGCGGAUUCAGGACAUCCAGCACCUUCCCCUUCGCUACUGGCUCCUGGUCCUCACCAUCAUGUUCUUCUACAACGGAGUGUUCCCCUUCGUGGCUGAUGCCAGCAAGUUUAUCCAGGAUAAAUAUCCCGGUUACAGUCAGCAGGCAGCAGCUUACAUUGCUGGGGCAGUGUACGACAGCUCCCUUGUCCUCUCUGCAGCAGUUGGCAUUUUAAUUGACUACGUUGGACUGAGAGGUGUCUUUGCUGUUGGCUGUGCCACGCUGACUCUGCCCGUCUUCGCUCUCCUGGCCUUCACGUUUGUGCCUCCGCUGGUCUCUACCAUCUGGCUGGGGAUCACUUACUCCUUCGCUGCCGCUAGUAUGUGGCCAUCUAUACCCCUUGUGGUGCCCCAAGCAACUUUAGGGACAGCGAUGGGGCUGGCAACUUCUGUGCAGAUGGUUGGAGUUGGCCUUUCAAAUCUGAUUGUUGGACACAUGCUGGGAACAAAGUCCAGUGAACUAAAGAUCCCCCUGUGGCGCUGGCAACAGAUGAUGAUCUUUAUGCUGGCAAACGCUGUCGCCUGCAUCAUUGCCUCCAUUGGCCUCAAUGUUGUGGACAAGAAACAGGAUGAGACGCUGAACAGAACCAGAAAGGGAGCACCCAUGGGGCAGGACAGAGACCCCGCAGAUGCAGCACAGCUCCUUGAGGAUGAAACGAGAACCGAGGGCUCUGUCAGCUGAACCUUGGCAGGGAGAGAACCAUGGCCCUGCCAGACACAGCACUGGUCACUUCUGCCUGAAAGCAGAUUUUAGCCUGUGUACUUCAAACAUCUUUAAGGGGAAUCUUGAAGGGAAUUGUCUAGAAAAAGGGAAUGUUUCCACUUUCUUAUGCCUGGCACAGCAAUGGAAGGGGUGUGCUCUGGUUCUCGGGCAUUCAACACCCCCCCACCUGCAUGGGGCACGUUAAGGGCCACACUGCAGUCACUGAAGCUCACCCAGCUAACCUUGUUCAUGAACCAUUAGACAGCUGCUUGUCAGCCUUGCAGGUGUGCCUGCCUGCUCUGCCACAAGAAUCCUUCACAGCAGCACUCACUAAUCCAUACAGGGUUAGCCUGAUGUUUCACCCCCUGCUCUAGAUUAGCCUCUUUCACAAAUCACAUGCGUGUGCAAGUGACACCAUCAUUAUUCUUUAGGCAGGAGCCUGAAUUAAUCAAAUUGAUGACCUUUUGCACACAAGCCUCGCUUAAUUGCUUAUUACUUUACUAGAAAUGCUUCUGUAAGCUAUGCCUAUUCAUUGCCCUUCAAAAGCAUAAAGGGUUUUGAUCUGGAAUCCUGUCCUUUACACCAAGGUGCUCUUACUCAUGAAGGCUAGAGGCUUAUUUUACUCAACCAACUGCCCUUUGCACUAUGCAAACGCUCACAAACACUCACAGUGUUUACAAAAGGACAAAGGAGGCUUUAAGAAUGAAGUAAACUGUACCACAGCCAAGUACGAGAACUGCUGAAGUGAACGACACUUAAAUUACUAAAAUUCUGAAGAGCAGCUGUACUCAAGUUGCAUUUAAUAUAAACAGUAGUAGAUUGAAAGCAAUUUAGGUACUGACAGCACCCAGUAAAGUCACAUUUUAAGACAAAUGGACUCAUCAAAUCAAAGCUUGGUUAAACUGAUUUACUGAAGAGGAUGAGCUCAGAGAGCAAGGUCUUCAAGUUUUAAGUUACACUGUGAGUUCAUUUCAGACCACAGUUAAAGGAUUUCCCUUUUGGAGUUUGGUGCAGCAGAAAUUUAGAGGGUGGGCUUGAGAAGUCACAGAACUGCAAAAGUCACAGGCUCCUCUAGUUUGGUGGUGGCCUCCCAAGAUCAUUGAGUCCCACAGCCCAGCUCAGGCAGGGGCAACCAGAGCAUGUUGUCCAGGACUUGUAUCUGGUGAGAGUUUGAGCAUCUCCACAGAUGGACUCUGCAGUCUCUCUGAGCCACUUGUCCCAGUGCCUGAUCCCUUUCAGGAAAAAGGUGGAUCCUUGCAGAUGGAAUUCCAUGUGGUUUCCCUCGUGCCCAUUGCCUCCUGUGCAGAGCAGUCAGGCCCCCCCAUCCUCGCUCUCUCCCAGCAGGUACUUGAGCACACUGGUCAGACCUCCUGGAGCCUUCUGGAGCAGCCCCAGCUCUCUUGGCCCCUUCUCCCGUGAAAGAUGCUCCAGUCCAUUUACCCCCUUUGUGGCUCAUUUGGCACUUGCUAAAUCACAUCUCUUUUGUACUAGAGAACCCAAAAUUGCACUCAGUGCUCCAUGCAAGGUCUCACCAGUCAGACUCCUCAGUGGCUUCAAAACACCCCUCAGUAGCUUCAGAACACCCCUCAGCCUCCAUUCACUACACUGUUCUUCAGUGCUGAAAUCCUGCACUUGCAUUUUUUUACUGGAAGAACCCCAUGGUGAAUUUCCAGCUGUGAUUAUGAAGAACCACAUGCAGCAGUGCUGUAGAUUCAUGUUGGAGGCUUGUGUACAGAAGAAAAUACGUGUUCGGAGCUGAUUUGUGUCUCCAUACACUGGUUCAGAAGCAGCAGCUUUCUCAGUUUAUACCAUGUGAUGCUGCAGCUAAACAACUGAGGGUUGGUGCUGCAAUGAGUGCUGGGAUAGCCGGUGAAAGUCCUGUAUUUGCUCCUUCAUGGAAGAAGCUCACUCGAAAACCAGGCAUUCCUGUUUACCAUCCCAUAAUCUACCUCCAGAUGACUAGAAAAUAAAUGUUAUGUCUUCUGUUUUGAAGAAAGAGUUAUGACAUACUUUCCUUAAAGUCUGCCACUGGUUAACAAGGUUUGUGCCGGUGUAGCACUGCCUGCUCUGCCAGGUGUCACUGGGAAGCAUUCCUGCCCCUCUCUGUGUUUGCUGCCUACAUGGAGAACUUCUUUUGGCUAGAGAGGGUUUUGUAGAAACCAUGCUACAAAGAUCCCUGCAUGUGCUUUAAUAAACCCUGUUGAAGAAUCUGAAGAUGUAGGGAGAUUCUGGGGACCUUUGGAUCUGUUGCACAAAGACCAUCUUCAGGGUGGGAGGAGUCUACUGGAGCCUCUCACAGGCAGAGUUGUUCUGGACAGACUGUUCCUGUCUUUCAGCUCAGGUGGAUAAAGCUCGAAGCUGAUCUAACAGCAUGAGCCUUACUGCAGCAGUAGCUGCUCACCUCUGCUGGGCACAUUGACAACUUCCUCUUACUCUGCUUUUAUCAGUAAUGUCUCCCCUGAUGACAAGGAAAGCCACUCUCACUUUGCUUGUCUUCCCCGUUUGUGCUGGACACCUGCUGUUGGGAUUCCAGAGCUCAGCUCUGAGCAGCUUUCUACAAAGCCAUUGCAUGGCUCUACUUUGCUUAAGCUUGUCAUGAAAUGAAAGGGUGGUGGUCACAGAGGUCAACAUGUUGCAAGAGAUAGAAGGAAACAAUCGGGGGUUUUUUGUUUAAUUUUUGUAGAGUUGCACUGAUCAUGUAUACAGGUAACUGAAACCCCACCCCUCACCCUGUCCCCAGCGUUGGGCAACCUGGAGAUGGUGGGCUCCAACAAUAUUCUCUGCCAGAACAUUCCUUUGUCUUAAGACACUGUGGACUGUGAAGCCUGAAGGUGGACAUUAGUUCAGGCAACUCACACUGAGAUGGGUAGGACACCAGAAUUAGAAGGUGGUUGGAGCUAGAAAGGCUGAUGGGUAAAGCAAAUUCCCACAUUCUUGCUGGCUCUUGCCAGUACUUUUGACCUGCUUGAGGAGGAGGAGGAGGUCCUGUUAGCAAUAUAAGGAGCUGCAGCUUGAAAGAAAGGGAAAGCCAGUUCAAGAAAAGAUAGUCUUCAUCCCCAGAGAUGAAACUAAAAAUAAUCAGGGCUGCUAAUUCAGCCCAAUAAUUAAAACCCGCUCUUCCUGCUCACUAUGGUCAGAGGAAGGAGCAAGUGGUUAACUGGGCACAGCCUGGGCAGCCAGCUCAGCCUGCUGGGGGGUUCUGCCCAUCAGUUCUUGGCCAGCAAUGAAUCGUGCCCCCAGUCCUGUCCUUGCACACCUGAUCUCCAGUUAUGACACCAACGGCUCACAUGUGCCCAGGCCUCCCCACAGCCAGGAUGCUGCAACUCCUCUUUAUUCCUUAAGAAAAAUAAACAAUGGAAAACUCCA